CAGCCAAGUACUUUAUUUUGAUCAUAAACGUUUCAAAAUGGCUGUCAUUCAAGUUGGGAACGUGCUUUGCAGAGCUUCAAAUGCAAUUUACGGUACACUAAUUACUGACAGCUGCCAUUUUCCCAGAGUGCUGGUGAACUAUCAACAGUCCAGGUCCAGACGACGGUGUGGGGGUCCUCCAUCGUGGUUUGUUCGAGUGAAACCGAACACAGUGGAUGAAAACCUGACAACAGAGAAUAAAGAGUUUCUCUCUCAAGUUGCACUCGAUCAGUACCAAACUGAUAGCCCUCUCAAAGACGCACCCUGGGAACGGGGAACGUACUCACCAAGGACAAAACGAGUUGGAGUGCUGGCGAUAAAGAUUGGAGUUCUGCCCCAGUGGAGUAAAGAUGGACACAAAUUCUACACAACUCUGCUACAGGUGCUGGACAACCAUGUUAUAAGAUACACUCCACCCGAGGAGUUUGUGAAGUCCGGUGGGUGGAAGCCAUGGUGGGGGGACAAAUACGGAUCAGUAGUGGUGGGUGCUCUCAGCACCGACCCUCGGAAGUUUUCAAAAUCCUAUAACAAUCUCUUUCUGGAAGCAGGAGUACCUCCCAAGAGGAAGUUGACGCGUUUCCUUGUAACCGACAAUGCCAAGAUACAACCAGGUACCCCACUCAAUGUCAUGCAUUUCAGAGUUGGUGAUUUUGUUGACUGUCAAGCCAAAACUAUUGACUAUGGUUUUCAAGGUGUGGUGAAGAGGUGGGGUAUGAAGGGGAUGGGGGCAUCACAUGGAGUAACAAAGGCUCAUCGCAAAAUGGGAGCCACAGGUGGAGGAGGGGACCCAGGUAGAAUCUGGAAGGGCAAGAGGAUGCCUGGUCACAUGGGAGACGAUUGGAAAGUUUUAAAGGGCUUGAGGAUCUGGAGAAUCAACACCAAGUAUAACAUCCUGUACGUUCACGGACCGUGUAUUCCCGGCGAAUGUCACACGAUGGUCCGAGUUUACGACACGUGUCUGCCCAGACGUAAACCCAGAGACCCUCCCCCCAUGCCGACCUGGCUGCCGGAAGACUCGUCAGAGGAGCUUCCCGAAGAAAUGUUUCACGACGACCUGCAUCAGUUCGCCGAUCUGUCCAUACAGUACGAGGACGAGAAGAAGAGCUGAUGCCUGUCAUUGAACAGUCCUCAGCCUGGCUGUCUUCGUGUGUCAACAGGGGCAUGUUUAGGAGGGAGAGUGCUUGCAAAUAGCUUGUCUGAUUUUGACAAUAUCCUAGCCUAUAUAGGGAUUAUCUGUCGUACUGAUUUUAAAAAACCAUUGUCAGGAUUCUUGUAUUGCCCGAGUGAGAGCGAGGGUAAUACUUGAAUCCUGACACGAGUUUUGUAAAAUGUAUGCAAUUCACAGGCAAGUGUAAUAAUUUCUUUAUUAUCCAUAAUAAUAUUUUUAUGAAUAACGAGCUAGGAUCAAGUCAAAACGUUGCAAAGAAAGAGGUGAAAAAAUUACGUCAUUUUGGUAAGUGUUUACACAGAGCUAAGACUUGGGAAGUUAUGAUGUCAUUUCACAAAAUGACGUCAUUCUUUGUGCAUAUGAAAUCAUUAUGACACACAUGUGUCAUACUAGUUAUAUUUUCCUGAAUACCUUGAAAUAUGUGGAUAAUAAAACAUUUUAUAGGUCCUCCCUUGUUCAAACAAACAAAAACAAAAACUAAAGCCAAGAGCAGUGUAGCGAGUGGUUGCAAACACUCUGCCUCCUGAACAUGUCUCUGGAGUUAGUGUUGCUACUCACUACACUAAUGUGAUGUAAACCUGUGUCAUUAACUACAGCAUCCAUCAUGUGAACUGCAGAUAAUACUACUAUAGACUAAAGGAAACAUAAAAUUGUUUGCUGUGUGUGAAUUGGAAAAAGAAUUUUUAUGAAAUGUCUUCUGUAACAUUUAUAAAAUAUAAAUCUAAUAAAGGUUUUGUUUUUUGCA